ACACUUGUUCGCCCAUCACAUUCCUCACCCCUAGACAACAAGAUAUCGUCCACAGAAACACCAACUCUCCCUCAAUUUAGAUCAUCAUCAUCUCCACCGAAUUAAGCGAGGAGGAAAGAUCAUGUUGCAAUCGCAAUCGCAAUCGCAAUCGCCAUCACAAUCACAAUCACGCUGCUGUUCGCAGUGUGGUACCAAUGGCCACAACUCGCGUACUUGUUCAUCGGCGGCGGAUGAUUCCUCUUCCGAUGGCUCUGGCAUCGGAGCCGGCGAGAUCAUGUUGUUUGGCGUGAGAGUGAAGGUUGAUCCGAUGAGGAAGAGUGUGAGUAUGAACAAUCUAUCGCAGUACGAACAGCCUGCGACUCGUGAAUCGUCUAAUAACAACAUCGAUGUCGCCGCAGUCGCCGCUGUUGCUGCAGAUACUGGCUACGCCUCCGCGGACGAUGCUGUCCGCAACCAGUCCAACGGUAGCAGAGAGCGCAAACGAGGGGUUCCAUGGACUGAGGAUGAACACAAGCUGUUCCUUCUAGGAUUGCAGAAAGUAGGUAAAGGAGACUGGAGAGGAAUUUCAAGGAAUUUCGUGAAGACCCGUACCCCUACACAAGUUGCAAGCCAUGCUCAGAAAUACUUCCUCCGCCGGAGCAACCUCAAUCGCCGCCGGCGUAGAUCUAGCCUCUUUGAUAUCACUACUGAUUCGGUUCCUGCUGUGUCAACAGAAGAACAACAAGUUCCUGAAGACAACAAAGGUCAAGAUCUUCUGCAACCAUCUUUACAGCAGAUAUCUCCCCGAAAUGGGUUCCCAACCACAACCUUCCCAGUGGCAGUUGGUUCGGUUCUACCCCCAGUACAGCUUGCCAAUGUUGAUCAAGACACCAGCGAAUCAAUGCUACUCGGUCGCCCAAACCCCAUGUUUCCAACACCUAAUCCAUCGACAAUGGUGGAUCUUAAUCUGAAUAAAAGAUAUGAAACCGACCCAUUGCCAUUAUCUCUUAAUCUUUCUCUAUCAUUCGGCCACAAUCAAUCGUCACAGAGGCGAUCUUCUCCAUAUCUUUCAGGCUUCACAACUGGAGAUGGCAUGGUGAGAGUUGCUUAACAUCCAGAAAGAGGAUAAAAAAAAUAAGAAUAGACAAAGUCAAUCAGGUAAAUUAGUUAUUGACUUCAAUUAAUCCUCUUGUCAAGUAUUUAUUUCUAAAUUUAUAUUAUGUUGUUGUAUGGUGCCCACUGCCCACUGCCCACCUUAGGUGCAUGCUCAUGUCUAUUUAUGUUUGUUCUUGUAAUUGGAAAAAAAGAGGAACUGAAUACAACACCAGUUCCAUUUUGUUUGUUGUGGGAGGAGGUGGGGUUGGAUAUGAGUGGGAUUCAUCUAAUGGAUGGUUUGUAGGAGUAGGGCAUGAUAUCUAGAAGUGGAGAUCACAUCUGGUGACUGAAUUGCUGUAGCCCUUUUAAUGAUAUAUACGAUAGUAAUAAUAUGGUUGCUCUGCAUUC